GUAAGGGAUAAUUCAUACAGAUAUUGAAGAUCUGAAUCUAGUCUAUUGAUGGAUUCUUUCUUCAGCAAAGGUUUCAAAGCUGCUAAAUGUAAAACCCUAUUGAAAUUGACGAUUCCUCGUAUCAAACUACUAAGGAAUCGUAGGGAGAUGCAGCUGAGGCAGAUGAGAAAAGAAAUUGCUAAGCUACUAGAGACUGGUCAGGAAGCUACUGCUCGGAUUCGGGUAGAGCAUAUAAUAAGAGAAGAGAAAAUGAUGGCAGCACAGGAGAUAGUCGAGCUAUUCUGCGAGCUUAUAUCUGUUCGUCUUCCAAUUAUCGAAGCACAAAGGGAAUGCCCUCUAGAUCUGAAAGAAGCUAUUUCAAGUGUAUGUUUUGCUGCACCAAGAUGUGCAGAUCUUCCCGAACUGCUACAGGUUCAGAUGCUGUUCGUCGGUAAAUAUGGGAAAGAAUUCGUCGCUGCUGCUACAGAGCUCAUGCCAGAAUGUGGUGUCAACCGCCAGCUGAUAGAGUUGCUAUCUAUUCGAGCACCUGCUCCUGAUGCGAAAUUGAAGCUGCUGAAGGAAAUUGCAGAGGAGAAUGAGCUAGAUUGGGAUCCAAGUACUUCUGAAAAUGACCUGUUGAAGUCACAUGACGACUUACUGAAUGGCCCCACACAAUUCGGUAGUGGGGCUAAGGUCCCUCUUCCCAAGGAAAGGUUUGAUGAGUUGCAGCAACCUGCUUCAGAACAAGUCUCUGAUAAACAAACAGAAUCUGAGUCCGAAUUUGACUCGUUAGAUUUUCCAGAAGUUCCUAAGCAGCCACUACGACCUAGCACCGGUGGAGUUUCAGUCCCCGAAAUGUUUCCUUUCCCGGCCUCCGCUCUAUCUGACUCCGAUGAGGAGAUAGCUAAGCCUUCUGAAGACGCGGAGAUCAAAUCUCACAAGCAAAAUGUGGAGCGAGAUGAAGUCUUGCAAGAGAAGGUAGUUUCAAAAGAUUUAGGAUCACCUGAAACUUUAUCUGCACCUGAAGAGGAGAAACAGUUUUUGCCAUUCAUGGUUCCCCCGCCAAAAUCAUCUCCAUUCUCAUCAACACAAAGUACCACAACCAAAAGUACUCAACCCCUCUCUACUACAAAGACCAAAGUUGAGACAGACAUAGAUUUGCAGGAUGUAUUGGCUGCUGCCCAGGCAGCUGCUGAAUCAGCUGAACGUGCAGCUGCUGCUGCUCGCUCAGCAGCUAGCCUUGCUCAGUUUAGAAUCAGUGAGCUUACCAGGAAAAGGAGUGAAGAGGUGCCUGGAAGCCCCAGCGAGAACCCCUUUUAUGCUGAGAAACAGGAACAGGAAUCUCACAUCCUAGAAAAGGCUCCCUUUGACCUCCAACAUCAAUUGUCAAACUCUGAUGGUAUCCCCAGUCCACUUCAUGGCAGCCCAUCGGAGCAUCAGGUGUCAAAUAUUCCUUCAUAUAAUGCAACAGUAGGUUUUGAGUCCUCCAUGACUAUUCAUCAUCCUGCUCAGGGAACUGCUCUUCACCAACCGCAGAGAUUGCCGUCCCUGGACGAUGAAACAUAUUAUUCAUAUCCUAACUUGUUUACGGCAAAUGGCUCUAAUCCCAGUUCUCGUUCACAGUCAUUCAAAGAUAAUAUUAGGUCCAGCCAUGAUAAGUAA